UUUCUUCGCUUACCACGGUGUUCGAUACAAGCAGGUUGACGUGAUUCAUCGUCAGCGAUCCAUUGCUCUCCAACAACUCUCAUUCAUCGUUUCUCCUUCUGCUGAGCAAACACCUUCACCUCUGAGUCAGAGGCUCUGACUCUGCAAAAUGGGCUCUUACCUUUCCAUCGUCAACAACACCGACGACCCGUGGACCUGCAAGAUCGGACCUGAUGAGGCUGCUCUGAAGAUUGCUGGUAUCGCCAUCUCUGUCGUUGGAACUCUAGCUACAGUCAUCGGCACGGCUGGCGCUGCUGCUCCUGUGGCCUCCGCUCUCGCUGCGAAUGGAGUCGUAUCAGUAUUUGGGGUAUCAACGAGUGCCUUAGCUGCAGGUGCUACUGCUGCUGCCAGUGUCACCUCAGCAGUCUCGAUCGCCGGCUCCGUCUCGGGAUUCGGCAUUGCAGUCGCGCAAGGCAUCAACGACCACCUCAUCACGGACGGAUACGUUAGCAUCGCUCCGGGUGACAAGCACCAAUGGGGUAAGAUGAGUCUUUCGCUUUGGCAGCAAGGAACGUGUGUCCGCACCACUAUCGUCGAUGAAAAGACCGUCACUACCGACACGCUGUACAUGCGCCCGAUCUUCAGCGGUGAGACGGAGACUGUGAGUGGCACGACGGACCAGCAGCGUCGCCACCACUCACCACGUCACGACACAAAAAAGGAAGGUCACAACCACAAAGAAGGAGGUCACCACCAUUAUCGCCACCACAAAGAUGGCGAGCAUCAAGAUGGACAGACCGUUUACUUCUACGUCAACGGCACUAACACAUAUGACGCGAUCUUUAACUACAACUAGGCUGUCUAAGCUGGACCCUAGCAAGCGUUUGUAGCACAUUUCGAAUUAGCUGGUGGGAAAAAUGUUCUCGAUUUUAGCCGCGAAUAUAAUUGAUUUUUUGAGUUUGUCGA